AUGUCAAAUAACUUAAGAGCUGAAAUUAGAAGAAUUUGCCAAAAUGAAAGAAACAUAGCUAGGCGAGGAGAAAUUAAUCGUCGCCAAAACGAAAGAAAUGCGACUAGGCGAGAAGAACUUAAUCGUCGCCAAAAUGAAAGAAAUGCGACUAGGCAAGAAGAACUUAAUCGUCGCCAAAAUGAAAGAAAUGCGACUAGGCGAGAAGAACUUAAUCGUCGCCAAAAUGAAAGAAAUGCGACUAGGCGAGAAGAACUUAAUCGUCGCCAAAAUGAAAGAAAUGAAGCUAGGCGUGCAUUACUUAGGUGUGGAAUGCAUUGCAUAGCAAGAAAUAAUAAUAUUAUAGAGAGAAGUUACCUUGGAGAAAUGAACCAUAUUUGUCAAUAUUGUGGUGCUAAAAAGUUUUUAAAUGAAACACAUUCUUUGUGCUGCCAUUCAGGAAAAGUUGUGUUAGCUCCGCUUUCACCUUAUCCACCACUAAUGAUGGAUUUAAUGAAAGCUGGAAUAGCUCCUCCCUCGAAUCAUGGCCCACCAUGUUUUAGGAUUUGUGGACAAAUUAUGCACCGUGUUGGUAAUCUGAGACCUGAUCAAAAUGUUUCACCAUCUUAUUGUCAGUUAUAUGUUUAUGAUCCCAAUACUGCCUUAAAUUUUCGAAUGGAGCAAAAUGAUUGUUGCAUACGGGAGUUAAUGGAACUUUUACAGACUAUAAUUAGUCAACAGAAUCCAUAUGCUCUUGCUUUUAAAAAUAUGGCACAAGUUGAAGAUGAAGAAAUGCGUCAAGCAGCUUUAGAAGGUCGCCCAACUUCAGUUGUCAAAAUGUCAUUGCUUGAAGGUCGCGAUAGGCGUAGAUACAAUCUACCUUCACACGAUGAAGUUGCCAUUGUGUUUGUAGGAGACGAUGGUGCUCCACCUCCAUCUAGAGAAGUUGUUAUACACCCUCGAGGUCAGGCCUUGAAAAAAAUAUCAAGUAUGUCUGCUAAUCUAGAUCCAAUGAUAUAUCCAAUUUUUUUUCCAAGAGGCGAUGCAGGAUGGCAUGAUCAACUAGAGCACAAUCCAGACAGAGCAACACGUGUUAGAAAUCAUGUUACUUUGUCUCAGUACUACAAUUAUAGGCUAUCUGUUAGAGAAAGCUUUAGCCCUAUAUUUUAUGGUAGGAAGCUUUUUCAACAAUAUGCUGUUGAUGCAUAUGUCAAGAUUGAAGGACAACGCCUUGCCUUCAUCAGAAAUAACCAAAGCAAACUUAGAAGUGAACAAUAUGAUACAUUACAUGAACAUGUAAACAACUUUGCAAAUAAUCAUGACAUAAGACCAGGGCGUAUUGUUGUACUGCCAUCUUCAUAUGUUGGAAGCCCAAGAGCUUUAAAAGAAAAUUUUGAGGAUGCAAUGCUAGAAACAGCAGAGGAUAUUGAUAGUUUAAUAUCAGCUGAAAUUCCAGAUCAAACUGUUGAUCCUGAACUUUUUGAAAUUGUAAAAACAUGUAUGAUUCAUGGACCAUGCGGAAUUUUAAAUCCCAAUUCAUCGUGCAUGAAGGAUGGGGUUUGCACAAAAGGUUUUCCUAAAGAUUUCAAUCUUUAUACUGUUGCAACUUUCAAUGGCUAUCCACACUAUAGGCGUUUAGAUAAUGGUAGAGUAGUUGUUAUAAAAGUGCACCUUCCUGAUAAUCAGAUAGUAUAUUUUAACGAGGGAGAAGAACAAGUAGCUAUUAAUCGUGCAGCACAGCGUGACACUCACCUAACUGCUUGGUUUAAAUUAAAUGCUGAAAAUUUUGAAGCACGUCGCUAUUCUUAUAUUGAAAUUCCAUAUCACUUUGUGUUUGACGGUGCAUUAUCUUACGAGAAUUUGCGCACUGUGAAUGGCACUGUUUUUAAUACAUUUUGUGAAGCGUGUUAUCAGUUAGGUCUGUUGCAAGAUGACAUUGAAUGGAGAAAUACAUUAACUGAGGCUGUUGCAACUGGAUUGCCUAAACAAAUUAGGCAACUGUUUUCCAUCAUAUUAACAUUAUGUCAACCUGAUGAUCCUUUACACCUAUGGAAUACCUUUAAAGAUUAUAUGGUGGAGGAUUACAUACACCGUUUAAUGCCAAUCCUACUUGCUGAACAAGUAGCACUUUGUCAAAUCGAAUCUAUAAUUAAUCAGAGUGGUAAAACUUUAGCUGAUUAUAAUUUGCCUACUUUAGAUCAGUUUUUAGAUUCUAUCCCAGAAAAUGACGAUGAAGAUGUACAGGUAUUUAUUGAUGAAGCAAAUCGAGUUAGACCAUUAUUAAAUGAUAAUCAGCGUAAUGUAGCUGAUGCAAUCCUUGCUGCACUUAAUGAAGAACCUAAUAAUGAAAAUAAGCAUUCAAGAUUGUUUUUUAUGGAUGGGCCUGCUGGUUGUGGUAAGACAUUUACUUACAAUUAUUUAAUCACUGAAACACGCAUCAGACAUAUUAGAACUGUAACAGCUGCAUGGACAGGAAUAGCUGCAACUCUUCUUAAAAAUGGAUGCACACUGCAUGGCUUAUUCAAACUUCCUGUGCCAAUUUUGGAAAAUAGCACAUGUAAUGUAACUCCAAAUUCUAUUCAUGGUGAAUUCCUUAGACAAGUAAGUUUGUUUUUACUUGAUGAAGCAUCUAUGAUUCCUAAACAUGCUUUAAGUGCCAUUGAUAAGUUAUUACAAGAUAUUUGUAAUAAUAACUUUCCUUUUGGUGGUAAAGUUAUUCUUAUGGGUGGAGACUUUAGACAAAUACUUCCAGUUGUGAAAAGAGGUCGACCAGCUGAAGUUGUAGAAUCAUGUUUAAAAUGUUCUGAACAUUGGCAGUAUGUGCAAAGGUUUUCAUUAACUGAAAAUAUGAGGGUUCAGAUAGGAGAAGAGGAAUUUUCUCAAUGGCUUCUAAAGCUUGGAAGUGGAACUUUACCUGUCAAGCCUGAAGAUCCUUUGCGAGGGUGUAUUGAAAUACCUGAGCAGUGCUUUGUAAACGAUAAUGAAUCUAUUGUGGAAAAGAUUUUUGGUGGCACAGAGGAAGCUGAUUAUGCUAAUUGUGCUAUUUCAACACCAACAAAUAUUGAUUCAUUGGCAACAAAUGAAGAAGUCCUUGAUCGUUUACCUGGUGAUACUAAAAUUUACUUAAGUUCAGAUAGCAUUGAAACUGAUGAUCAUAAUGAAAUUUAUAAUUUUCCAGUCGAGUUUUUAAAUAGUUUGACUCCAUCAGGUAUGCCUGUUCAUUGCCUAAAAUUAAAAAUUGGUGCUGUUGUAAUGCUACUUAGAAAUUUAGAUCUUAAAGGCGGACUUUGUAAUGGAACACGUUUGAUGGUACGUGCACUGCACAACAAUUAUAUUGAUGGACAGGUUCUAACAGGGGUAGCAGCUGGUAACAGGAUCUUAGUUCCUCGAGUUCAAUUAGCUCCAUCGGAUUCAAAUUUACCCUUUAUACUCAAACGUCGUCAGUUUCCAGUUAGGUUAGCAUACUCAAUGACCAUAAACAAAAGUCAAGGUCAAACUUUUGACAAAGUUGGAGUUUAUCUUAAAAAGCCUUGCUUUUCACACGGUCAAUUAUAUGUUGCAUGUUCAAGAACAAGAUCGUUUAAUAGUUUAUUUUUUAAAGUUGAUAAACAUUCAUUACAAGUUUAAUUGUUAUAAAAAUCAACUUUACUUUUGGGUUCCAAAUAAAUAUACGACCUUCUACGAACCAAAUAUUAUGUCAAAACUGUCUAUUUCGAAUCAGUGAAGUGAUUUUGCAACGAACCAAGUUGUGAAGUCUUUAACAUUAAAUCAAAUAUAUUCACAAAAAAAAUUUUGUUGUUUAUAUUUGUUUAUAAAAACAUUUUUAAAAAUUUAAAAACUUUUACAUAAAACAUUUGAAAUUUUUAAGUUAAAUAAAGAUUUCUUUUUCCUCGAUUUUACAAUUCUGGCUUAAUAGUAAUAUAGCUAUAAAAAGCAACAACGAUAACGAUAGUUUUUAUUUUCUUAACACCAUUUCUUAACACCCUCUCCCCUUGAUUUUUGCUUGCAAAAUUUUGUCACUAAUUUGUGCUAAAAACAAGUUUUU